AUGGCCACUCUGGACUCAGCGCCUGCGUCUCCGUCUCUGUACUUUGCCAGCCUUCAGCCCGAUGAUUUCCUGAGAUGGGUGCACGAUCUCAAGGCCCCCAAAACUGGUUUGCAUCUGUUCUACAACACGUACAACAUUAAGCGAGCAGUGUUUCAUUAUCUGUGUGAGCUCUACGAGUGGAGGGUGCAUGAAAAUUUUGAAGAGAACCUAUCGACAUACAUUAGCGGGUUGAAGCGAACACUUGCCAAGGACGAAACAGCGAAGGCCGGAAAAGAAAAAGAGCCUAUUCCAAUGCGUCUUUAUCGCCGUCUCUCAGAAGUGAUGCUAAGGUCUACAACGUGUUAUAUGGUGUUUGCGAGGACGUUCAUGCUGUUAACGUGGAAUUUGAUAGCCCGAGGUUCGAGGACUGCGGCAAUCUGCUUCUCGCAUUUGGGAUGGGCCGAAGAUGCCUUGCGCGUGUAUUUCACUAACUCAAAGACAGAU